AUGAAAUAUUCCUGCAAAUGUUCUGCUAUCUUGCUGUUCUUAGUUGGUUUUGCAAGCGCCAAGGAUUACGAUAUCGAAAUUUUCCCAGAAAAUUGUGACUGUCGAGAUUGGUAUGGUGGGUGUCGUUUGAAUGGAGAGAAAUGGGUUGAUGAUGAUGUGUGGAAAUAUUCUUGUGAUGGAAAAGAACGAUCCGAGUCGACUCUGACUGGGUGUCGUGGAGUCGGAGGAGAUGUUCCGGUUGGACAAAACACGACAAUUGGGGAUUUAUGGCAAGUGUGUACACAGGAUGAGCAGAAAAUUUAUUAUGAAAUUGAGCCCUUCUGCGAGUUCAACGGAACAAAAAUUCGAGUUGGACAGGAGUAUAGGGACGGCAGUUUUCAAUGGUUGUGUCUUUCGACGGGACGUUGGAUAACAGGAUGCUAUUAUUUCAAUGAAACUCACACGGAUCUACUUCUACAUGUGGCGGAACAUGUCUAUAACGGUUUGAUUGAGCACGUUUGCUCGAAAAGGCAGGAAUAUCCAGCAAUAGUUCAGUACUACACACAGGUCCGUAAGGAUGUCGAUGUGAAACAUCCAACUAAUAAAGGAGUUAAUCGAAAUUUUCCCGAGCCGCUGCAAAAGUUGAUUGACGAAGAUAGGAAUGUCCGCUGGCUUCAUAACUCCGCCUUAUACUUUGUGAAAAAUGAUGACAGACCAAGAAGCUUCACUCGCUUUUUACCAGCAUCGCGGAAACCACUGGGUUGA